ACACAUGCAAAAAAAAUGGUAGAAGGAAAAUUCGCUAGGAAACAGGGUCCCGUGUCCGCAAUCAUAUAUUCAAAAUGACUUGUUACCGUAUGUUUAUUUAUUGUUGUUUCUCUGUCGUUGCUAAUUCUCCAUUUUUGGUUGUUUGUUUGGGCAGAAAAUGAUAAAAGAAAUGAUGCCGGUUGGUGCCCAGAGCUCUUCAGAGAAGUAGCUAUCAUGGCUUGAAGGGCCUCUGCAAAGGUCACGUUUCUAGGUCAUGGUUUUGUUGGCUCUUAUAUUGGGAGAAGAUGUUGUGUGCUUGUUCAGGCGAGGAAUUCAAGUUUGAGGACACUCCACAGUCGCCGGAAUCACUGGCGACCAGAGAUUUCUCCGCCAGUGGGCUGUCGUUAUCACGAACUGCAGACUGGGAACCAAGACUAGGUGAUGAUCAAGUCGAUGAGGCUGAAUCCACCCUUAAAGAAGCUCUCUCCUUAAACUAUGAGGAAGCAAGGGCUCUGUUGGGGAGGUUAGAGUACCAGAGUGGGAAUUUUGAGGCUGCACUUCAGGUGUUUCAGGGUAUAGACAUUAGAGGCUUAACACCAAGGAUGACCAAGGCUAUUGUUCAGAGAACUCAGCAGAGAAAUCCGCGGUCCAAAGCCAAAGUUGAUGUUAUCCCUCCCAUUCUGAUGUCUAUGCAUUCAGUGAGCCUGCUUCUUGAGGCAAUUCUACUGAAAGCAAGAUCACUGGAAGGACUUGAGCAUUUUAGAGAGGCUGCAAAGGAGUGUAAAACAAUUCUUGAUAUAGUUGAACCAGCCCUACCUAAAGGUAUGUCUGGGGCCAUUGGUGAGGACUGUAAGUUGCAAGAGAUGUUCCACAAUGCAUUGGAGUUGCUUCCUAAUCUAUGGAUAAAGGCAGGUGACCUUGACGAAGCUAUAACUGCAUAUGGCCGGGCUCUGGUUAAGCCAUGGAAUUUGGAUCCCCAGAGGUUGGCAAAUAUACAAAAGGACUUAGCUAUCACGUUACUCUAUGGUGCUGUUGAAACAAGCCUCCCCCAUCAAUUUCAGUUUUGGGGUCCUGCAACCCCUAAAAGUAAUACAGAGGAAGCAAUCCUUUUGCUGCUGGUACUUAUGCAAAAGGCAGCUUGUGGGGAAAUACAAUGGGACGCAGAAAUUAUGGAUCACCUAAGUUAUGCAUUAUCAGUUGCUGGGCAGUUUGAAUUGUUAGCAGAUCAUGUAGAGCAGGUCCGUCCUGGUAUUUAUAACCGAGCUGAGAGGUGGUAUGUUCUUGCUCUUUGUUAUGCCGCUGCGGGUCAGAAUGAGUCAGCCUUGAACUUACUAAAGAAGGUUUUAGGCUGUUCAGAAGCAAGGCAUAAACCUCAUAUUCUCGCUUUACUCUUGGGAGCAAAAUUGUGUUCUCAAGAUCCCAAGCAUGCUCAUGAUGGAAUAAAUUUUGCUCGUAAAGUGAUUGCGGCAAACCAUCUGAAUGAGCAUUUCAUGGGUCAAGCACACAAGUUCCUUGGUGUUUGUUAUGGGAAUGCUGCGAGGAUUUCCAUGUCAGAUUCUGAAAGAGUUUCCUUUCAGAAAGAAUCUCUCGUCUCUUUAAACAAUGCUGCUCUCAAUGGGAAGGAGGAUGCAGAAGUGAUAUUCAGCCUCAGCUUAGAAAAUGCAGUUCAAAGGAAUUUGGAUGCAGCCUUUAACAAUGCAAUAAAGUAUAAUGAUAUGGUGGCUGAAAGCUCAGGAAAAGGUUGGAAACUGUUGGCUCUUAUACUUUCUGCAGAGCAGAGGUUCAAGGAUGCUGAAACCAUCACUGAAUUUGCUCUAGAUGAAGCGGCAAGGUUAGAUAAGUUAGAACUUCUUAGAUUGAAAGCUGUCCUUCAAAUUGCUCAGCAACGGCCCAAGCAAGCAAUUGAGACCUACAGAUUGUUGCUAGCUCUGAUUCAUUCGCAAAAAGAGCCUCAGUCCCAGAACCUUGUUCACACAAAGAGCUCCAACUCAGAGGCUGCAGCAGAAAGAACUAUGGAAGCAGCAGCCUGGCAGGAUCUAGCUACCAUCUAUGGCAGAUUUGGUUCAUGGUCUGAUGCUGAAAUUUGUGUUAAAAAAGCAAAGUCAAUUGAAUUUUAUUCACCCAGAAGCUGGCACACAACAGGUAUGUUAUUUGAAGCUCAAUCCUUGUACAGAGAGGCUCUAGUAUCCUUCUCCAUCUCACUGUCAAUAGAACCAGAUUAUGUGCCCAGCAUCGUCUCCACCGCUGGAAUUCUAAUGAAAUUUGGGAAGCAUUCACUCCCAAUUGCAAGAAGCUUUCUGAUGAACGCUUUACGAUUAGAACCCACGAAUCAUGAAGCAUGGAUGAACCUAGGAUUGAUUUCAAAAAUGGAAGGCUUGUUGGAACAAGCAGGCAACUUCUUUCAAGCUGCUUACGAGCUAAAGCUAACAGCACCUGUUCAGCCCUUCACCUGAUCGUCAUUUUACUUGAAGUAAUUUGUAGAUCGGUCAAUGUAACCCAGUUCGUUUCACCUUAAGAUAUAUGAAAGAAAUUAAUUGAUACGUUCCUUCUCAGGAAGUGUGUAUGGCAACCAUGGUACUUUGAAUGGUUGGAUUUAUCUUCUUUAUGAAAAAAGACUUACGAUAUGC